AUGAAGGGAGCUCCACAAACUGCUGUCAUCAGUAUAAAAGGCAUGACUUGUCAUGCUUGUGUGAACAACAUUCAGGACAACAUGAAAAAUCGCCCCGGUAUUCGUUCUUGCAAGGUUUCACUUGAAGAUGCUGAAGGUGUUGUCGUCUUUGACCCUUCACUUUGGACUGGAGCGAGCGUGGCUGAAGGUAUUGACGAUAUGGGUUUUGAA